GCUGGUCACGUGGUCCGGCUGUCACGUGCAGCGGGCGGCUCACGCUCUGCGGGCCCGGAGUUCGGUGCGCCUGCGCAGUGCGGAAGCUGGGAGGGCCGCCCGAGCGGCAGAGCUGACUGCGGGAAGCGGGACCUGCGGCCGCACUCUUACUUGCUGCAGGGUCGCGUAAGCUUGCUCGCUUGGCACAUCCCUCGUGUCUUCCGGCGGAGAGCUUGGGAUGUGGUAAUGUCAGCCAGACUUUUCAGAGCCCUGGCCGGAUCUCACUAUAUUUUAUCAAAAGUGUAUCAGUGCCAAAGACUUGCUCAUCGAACGUUAAAACCGCUUAAGGAAUUUGAGACUACAAUAUGCAGCACCAUGACGAGAAGCCAGAACUUGGAUUUAUUCUUUCCUGAGACAGCAGCGGGUGAUUUGAGUAAGUCCCAGGUCCUGGAAACAAGUCAGAAAAUACCAAAUACAAACAUACUGUCUCCAUUAAAUGCUGCACAUUGCCAGGGUGAAAAAGUGCACCUUCCGACCAGGAAAUCGUUUAGUACUCACAGGAAAGUGACUCACAAACCAAAUCUAUUAGGUUCUAAGUGGUUUAUAAAAAUAUUAGAGCGGCAGUACUCAUCUAUAUCAACGGAAACAGUUGUUCCUAAACAAGACUUUCCGCAAAUCAAGAGACCACUGAAAGCGUCGAGGACCAGGCAGCCAUCCAGGACCAACCUUCCAGUUCUCUCUGUGAAUGAGGACCUGAUGCACUGCACAGCGUUUGCAACUGCAGACGAGUAUCAUCUUGGAACUCUCUCUCAAGAUCUGGCCUCCCACGGAUAUGUUGAAGUAACAAGCUUGCCUAGAGAUGCAGCAAAUAUUUUGGUGAUGGGUGUGGAACAUUCUGCGAAAGAAGGUGAUCCUGGAACAAUAUUCUUCUUCAGAGAAGGAGCUGCUGUGUUCUGGAAUGUGAAAGACAAAACUAUGAAGCAUGUGAUGCAAGUCUUAGAAAAACAUGAAAUCCAGCCCUAUGAAAUCGCACUGGUGCACUGGGAGAAUGAAGAGCUUAACUACAUCAAAACAGAGGGACAGUCAAAACUUCAUAGAGGGGAAAUCAGGUUAAAUUCGGAGCUAGAUUUAGAUGACGCCAUUCUAGAGAAAUUUGCUUUCUCAAAUGCCCUUUGUCUUUCAGUGAAACUGGCUAUUUGGGAGGCAUCACUGGACAAAUUUGUUGAGUCUAUUCAGUCAAUUCCAGAGGCUUUAAAAGCUGGGAAGAAAGUGAAACUAUCUCAUCAAGAAGUUAUGCAGAAAAUGGGUGAACUCUUUGCCCUGAGACACCGAAUAAACUUGAGUUCAGACUUCUUGAUCACUCCCGAUUUCUACUGGGACAGAGAAAACCUGGAACAACUUUAUGAUAAAACUUGUCAGUUCCUUAGCAUUACUCGUAGAGUUAAGCUCGUGGCGGGACCACCAGCCUCAUCUCUCUGUCAGUCAAGCAGAAAAUUGAAAUGCAUGGUGGUUUCCUCUUUCUACUUCAUUCACCCUCCACGUCCAGGCACACCGUCCUUUCGUUUUCUCCUACGAAUCCAUUCACUGACGGAUACUUCUUGAAAGUCCAGAUGACAGGCCCUGGGCUGGUGACCACACUGGGGGGGGUGGGGGGGGGGUUACAAUGCUGACGCCUCCCUUCUAGGCCCCACCUGUAACACUCCCCGGACUGUUCCCAUACCUUCUUCACUGGACCCUUUAGCUGGAAGGCAGAGAUGUCUCCUCUGCCCGGCACAGUACAGUAAAUACGACAUUUGAAGGCGGAACAAAGGGCCCGCAGCGCCUACAGAAUAAAAUCCCAACGUUACCGCGCGGUGGAGGUUUCUCUUGUGCUGUAACGAGUUGCCGCAAGCUGGCUUACCGUAAAUGCACCGGAUUACAGCCCUGUGGGUCAGAAGUCUGACGGGAGAGUCACUGAGGCAAAAUCAAGGUGUGGCGGGACUGUGUUCCUUUCAGGAGGCGCUGGGCAGGAAAAGGCUCUCCUUGCCUUCUCCGGCUCCUACAGGCUGCCCACGUCCCUUGGCCUGCAGCCCCUGCCACACAGCAGAGGCGAGUUGGGGCCUCAUGUGGCAUCACUUGAAGCUCUUCUUGCCAUUUCCACCGUGACUACGCUGAACCCCGCCUCCCCCAAUAAUCUAGGUUUACCUCCCCGUCUUAAGGUCAGCUGAUCAGCAGCGUUUUUUCUAUAUGCAAUCGUAACUC